AUGAGGCAAAGGGGGUUGCGUUUUUCCCUCGAGACGUACGGGCGAAGAGAUAGAGAAGAGUCGCUGGUGUAUCCGCCGCAGGGCCCCCUAGGACAGGCGUCGACGAUGUAUCGAGCAGAAAAACGAGAGAGAGGAAAAGAGAGAGAGAGAGAGAGAGAGAGAGGCGAAUGUCUACGCUGGAGAGAUACCUGGAGAAUUGGAUUAUUGGAAUGUGCGAGAGAGAAAGGCCUGUUCGCCGUCAAGAGGUCGAGGGCAAGGGGAACAUCGGCGAACGGACCGUGGUUGGCAGCAGAACGAACCGUGGUUGAGCCAGCAAAAGGGCGACGUCUCAAUACGUGGUCGGUAGUGUGA